GAGUUACUAAACAUUCUGGUCCCGCUGUCCUCUCCAGGGGCCGACGUUCUACAGUGAGCCAUGAUUGUCGUCUGUGUUUUCCUCGUUCUUUGCUGUAAUUUGGUCCAGAGUCAGUUCCCACGGGCCUGCACCACAGCUACUGCACUUCGGACCAAAUCCUGUUGCCCCCUUUGGAAGGACGGCAGCCCCUGUGGCUCCCGCUCGCGCCGUGGCCAAUGCCGUAACCGGGUUGUAUUUGCUACCUUUGCAGCUGGCCAAGUGCGCCAAUAUGAUGAUGACCGCCUGGGCUGGCCAAUGUAUUACUACGACAGAACCUGCGAAUGCUUCGGAAACUACAGCGGCUAUGACUGCGGCGACUGUAAGUACGGGUAUUUCGGAGAAAAGUGUGACCGCAAGAUCACUGUUGUACGUAAGGAAAUUCGAGAACUUUCUUUGCUGGAAAGGAAAAGAUUCUUCAGCUACUUGGUGAUGGCCAAAACUACAAUAAGUAAGAACUUUGUCAUCUUGUACACCGGAGAUCGCCAUCAUCAGGACACAUACCGCUUUGUCGAUGCCUCCAUCUAUAAUGUCUUUUCCUGGAUCCAUUACUACUCCACAAAGCCAAUUCUGAUAAAUGGAACCUUUAAUAGUACCACAAACUACGCCCAUCAAGGUCCGGCUUUUCCCGGUUGGCAUCGGCUGGGCCUCCUCUUCCUGGAGAGACAAAUUCAGCUCUUGACGGGGGAUGAAAAUUUUGCCAUUCCUUAUUUCGACUGGCGAGGAGAGAAAAACUGCUCAAUCUGCACCGACGACUUCGUCGGUGAUAACGACGUGCAAGGGUUUCUCAGUGAAUACUCCCAUUUCGCCUUUUGGAAAUCUAUAUGCAGCGGGUACGACUAUGAUGAAGCUUACUGCUUGGGUGCUGAUGACCAGAAUCAGAUGCAAAAACUGCACAGAAAGCCUGGAGUUGAUCCUGUCGCCUCUAGCCUACCCACCUUCAAAGACGUAGAGGACACUCUGAGAUGGAGUGAUUUUGACCUCCCUCCCUACAACAGACUGGCAAGGAGAAGCUUCCGUAAUGUCUUAGAAGGUUUCCUAAAUCCAUCCGAUGGGGUAACACGACAGCGCGGCAUGCAUAACUUGGUCCAUCUGUUCCUCGGUGGGACGAUGUCCGAGGUUCCAAUCUCCAGCAACGAUCCUAUAUUUGUGCUGCAUCAUUGCUUUAUUGACAAGAUCUUUGAAGUAUGGAUUCGCAGACACAAUGCAACUCCAGAUGAUUACCCUGAAAAUGACCAACGAGGCCAAGGUCCCAAUGAGUGCUCCACUCCGUACUUCCCGUGUUACAGGAAUAAAGACUUCCUACGCCAUUCUAACAACUUUGGAUACACCUACUCCAGAUACCAGGGGAUGUAAUGCUCCAUUGAAGCAAGUCU